UUUUUUGGAUUGGUCAAAAAAUAUUUUUUUGCGUGCCUCUUGGACUUCUGCACAAUGGGGAUUAUGCUUCAAGUUAUUCUAGGAAUGUUUCAGUUCCUGCUGCUCACCCGAAUACCCACUUCCCAUGCCAAGCUUGCUCACUGGCGGCCGGCAGACUCCCCCAGGUCCAGAGAAGGCCGAGAAGUGCGGCGGUGGUUGGAGGUGUAUUCGAGGAGCGGCUGUGAGCCACGGGACACUCUGGUGGAGGUUUGGCGGGAGUUGCCGGGGGAGACGCAUCACCUGUUUGUCCCGGCCUGCGUGUCUGUGCGGCGUUGUGGGGGCUGCUGUGCCGACGAGGCCCUCGAGUGUGUUCCCUCGCUCACACACACACUCACCAUGGAGCUGAUGAGGACUUCCUUCAUGAAACAUGAACUCAUCGAACUGCCCUUCGUGGAGCACAGCCAGUGUGAGUGCAGAGUAAAAGAGCAGCUCCAGCCAUCACCUACAAUAAGGCCCCUUCCCAAGCCACCAAGGAAAGGCCGGAAAAAGGAGAGGGGCAAAUCCAAACAGAUGACAACUGGAACCAUCCAAACUACAACCCCUGCUCCCCCGACCCCUCCUCCCCCCUCCUCUCCUGCACCCAGCUCGUCCUCUCCGACCCCUGGGCCUCGCUGCAGCCCCUGUAAAGGCAGGAAGUGGGCACUGGAGGCCACGUCGUGCCAGUGCCGCUGCACCAUCAGCGCCGAGAGCUGCAGCCAGAAAGGCAGGAGGCUCAACUCUCAUCGCUGCAGAUGUGACGCCAUCAGGCCAUGAUGCAUCCGUCCAUCUCUCUUCCACCUCCUUCUCCCCACCUGAUUCAUCAUCCACUCCCAGAAACAAUGCCAAGGGGCACACAAACAAACAAACACACACACAAACACACUUGGACACCCGGUACCUCAAACUAAAGGACAUGUUGGAAGAGUGCAUCCUCAAGAAACCAUAGUACCACUCUAUUUAACCAGGUGACGCAUUACAGCCUGAUAUUAGUAGUCGAUGUCUGUCUGUGUGUGUAAAUGCAGUCAAAAACCUUACAUUCUCGUAGCUUCUCCUGGCAGUCCAUGUGUAUAUACAAAAAUAGCACAAACAUUCCAGGCGACUUUAAGAGAUGUGGAGGAGGAUGGCGAUUGCUGCCUGCCAAACGAGACAUGGUGAAAAUCACAAGACCGUGUCCACGUCUGCUUUGGCUCGGACGUUAGGACAUGAAGAGCCACCGAUGGAAUUUACAGUCAAAUAUAGUUGCUUUUGAUCGGCGGUUGCACUUAUCUAUACAGAAGAACGGUGGAAACAAGAAUGAGCACACCAUACAAGGUCAACAGGGAUGAUGUGUGAGCUGAGGACGGAUGGGGGCCUGUGUUAAGGAGCUGUCCUAUGUGAUGACUCCUCCGUGGAGCCUGUGAAAUGUUUUUUCCACUGGGAAACUGCACAAGAAGAGGGACUUUGGGGGUUAAGCCAAAGGCAUCAUGUGUGAGGACUCGUAUUUGAAAAACAACGGCAAACGCACUGUAUGGCAAGUGGACACGCACGCACACAUACUCUCACAUACCAAUAGGACAUGGGUUAUGCACAUGAAAUGGCACCCCUGUGUGCGUGGGACCUAUAGCUGAGCUGAAUGCUGGGAUGGAGCAUAUCUGUGUGGUCCCCACACUGAAAGGCCCAAAUGGGUUAACCCUGCAGCCGCUCUCGUCUUUCAUUCAUAGCGUUCGACCGCAAGCUCGCUCUCCAAGCCGCUUUCCGGCGUUUGUUUAAUUUGGGCCUUUUGUCUCCAUCUUCUCCUCAGCUCCACGAUUGAAAGCAGCCGUUCGCCCCUUCAGAGCAGUGAGGAGAAUGACAAUAAUGAGGCCUGGCUGGCGGCUGUCCACUGCUUCACACACGCACACACACACACACGCACACACACACACACACACACACACACAAACAAACAUUCACACUUAUACCAGGCACACAGAAACGAGACCACAAGGGCGGUAACACAUGCAAAUACACUCAAACUCUCCCUCAUCGUGUACACAUACAUGCAUAUUUACCCAGUAACAUAGACACAUACACACAAUGUGAAGUGAUUGCAGGUAACCAUAAGCUUUUCUUCAUGCCACAUCAAGUGUGCAAAUAUUUGUCAGGUGUUAAUAAAUUUGCAGUUUAUUGCAAGGUCUUCUUGAAAUAUUGUAUUAUAUGCCUUUGUUUUAUAUUUUGUUAUAUAAAUCUGUCAAGUUGAUUGAAAAGAUGUUCUAUAUAUCGCAGAGUGUUUCUUUGUUUUGUUUUUGUUCAUCUCUAAUCCGUCCACAUAAAGAGUCAUGCUGGGUGGCCGGCCAUGUCCACCCUCGGCAUCUAAACUGAUACCCCUGAUGUAUUGAACUGAAACAGAGACGGCUCACACAGGCCACCGAAUGGGAGAUUAUAUACAUUAUAAUGUGUGAUUCAAAUAAUCAGCGGGGCAGUGUUGUCUGCGGCUCACAGAAACCGAGCAAAUAGCAGCUCCCAGCGCAGCCAAAGGAAAACAUGGCUGUUUGUGCUGUGGGGUAGAGCCGGGAUGGAAAGAGUGUUAUUCAUCUGGAACAUAACUUGUUUGUAUUCUGACUGAAUCUCAUGGUUUAACCCCAUGUUAGAUCGUGACUGUUUGGCUGCUGGGUGGGAGCCGGGAUUGAACUGUGACUGCGUCAGAAAGGACGAGGGUUUGAACAGCUUGUCAGUCAGCGUGACAGGCUAAAGCCACAGCCCUGUUGAUGUGAAGACGAAGGGGAGCUAUAAUGGCCUGUUAUGGAGAUUAAACCUCUCUCUGGCACCCGCUCACAUUUACCCCUUCUGUUUCCAAGUGACAUUUAAUCAGUGAAGUCUUCGCUCCAUGCAAAGCAGUGACCCAAACAUCCUCCAGGAUGAGGAUAUAUUGGGAAACGUCAUGGUUUGUGUCCAUAUUCUAACACAGGAUCCGUACGUAAUAAAAGUGCAAUCCUGUUGAUUGAAGAUUGGUUUUGGAGGGAGUGUCAGCUAGAAGCCGUGUGCAGUCCACAAUCUGAAAUGUGGUAUGACAGGACUUUAUUUCAGUGGCUAGUGUGAUAAGCUCUGCACUUAUAUGCUAUUGAGCUGAGAUUAUUAUUUUUUUUCCAUGCUUGCAUUCAAUGUUUGUUGUAACUUUGUCAAUCAACGCUUCAAUCACUACCUCUUUAUUAUAACACACUAAUGACCAAGUAUUAAAACAUUGUUGUUACCUUCCCUGUUUUAUUUCAGACCUCUCCAAAAAUGAUAAUGUUUUAUUUACAUUUAGCAAUAAGCACAGUCUCUGGUAUCAAGGUGCAGAUUUGUAGUCAUUUUUCACUGGUUAGAGGAUCUUAUAGGAUUUUUCCCAAAGUCAUUUCCUGGCAACCUGAAGAGGAAGAUUUUUGGUUUGAGGCGAACUGCACUGAUCAUCUGAGUACAGACCAGACACUGUGUGUUAGUCUGGAAUAGGAUCUGGUUUCCCAAAGCAUUUGUAGCACUGAACUCUAACAAGUAAGGCUUUUAUGUCUCCAUCUUGUUGAAUCACACAGUCACUUAUCCUCAUGCAGUGGGUGGUCUGUGUUCCGAUAAAUAUAUAAACCAGUUAAAAAAUAAUAAUAACAAUAAUAACAGAAUUGUGAGAACAAGCAAGGAAAAAUGUUUUGGCUGAAACUGUUUUGGGAAACCAGAGUCCCUGAACUUCAGCACAGAUUGCACUGUCUUUGAGAUAGCAAAGCACACAUAUUGGUCAGAUUGAAAGGAGUAGAUGAAUUCAUGCAGAUGUGUGUGACAUUAUCAAGAACAAUCCAUGUGAAAGAGUUGUGACGCUGAGAUGGCAGAACCUUUUGGAGCCUCUGGGGCUCCAGUUGUUACCUCCUGAAAAAAAAAAAAAUCUUAAUUUCUGUGCAAGGUUAGCCAAAUAAUUCUUGUUGCUUGAAACUGUAUUUAUUCUCAUCAAUAAUGACAACAACAGAUGAUUUCUGAGGAAGCACUGACUGGUAACCACUGGGGCCUCGGAUGAUUUCAAAGUCACAGCUCUUUGAGAUGUUUGGCUUUGGACAUAUCAAUAUCUCAUUCAAAUGUCUUUAUCCUGUGUCAGUAUCUAAUAUCAAUGUGCUUUGUAGUCACACAAACUACAGUGUACUGUAAUGGUAGCCCUAUUCUAGCCUCCAGUGUCUUAGUAGCAGAUAGCGACCCCUUACUAAACAACAUAACCUUUUAUAGUAUAUAAUAUACAGGCAAGAUCUAUAAUGUAGGGCAUACUUUAGAAAUGUAUUUGUAACUUCAUUUCAGCUGUACUUCUCUGCAAAUACAUUGUACUACUGUAGCCUCUGUAUAAGGAGAAAGACUACACUCUUUUUUUGCUGCUACACCAUUUGUGCCCUAUAUGAUGUAUGUGUGUAAAAACAAUACGAUUUUAUGUCAUAUUAGCAUAUAAAUGACAAUUAAUCAACCUGUUGUCCACAUGAAACAUGUAUACUGCCAUGUCAAAGAUAUUGAAAAUCAUGCCAGGACACCACCAUGAUGUUACAGAUGUUAUUAAAGGAAAUGUCUUAUU